CCACUCCCCCCCCACACUCGGCUGGCCAAUCAGCGCCGGGCAGACCACCUCCACGAACACUCUUGUCUGCCUUCAGAGUUGUCAGUCCCGCUCGCCCGCCGUCCCUUCAGAGACGAGGCUCUGAACACGAUACAUCCGUCACCAACUGAAUCCCUAACGGCAAUGCGCGUGACGGUGCUGUGCGGCAUGGUGGUGGCGGUGGUUGUGGCGACCGCGUCUCUGGGAGCAGCAGCGCCCAAGCAAAAGCCCCAACCCCUCGCUACCGAGACCAUAGAUGGCCGCAAGACCACCAUCGCCCUUGCCAUCGUACACCAGCUGAUCGGCCUCAUCCCCGACGAGACAGUACAGCAGCUGCUCUACGUCAUCCUGGAGGCGCUCACCACGGAGGACUUCGACUACUGGGGCGAGGUGAAGGACGAGGUAAUGUCAUUGGUGGGUCAGUACAUCAACGAGCACAACAUGAACCAGGUCAAGGUGUACCAGGAAGAUUUGGCUACACUCAUCGACAGGUACAACGAGGCCCCCGCUGAGAGUGACAACUAUCCCGACAAAAACAAGCAAGCAGCGGCGCUCUCCACCUCCAUCAUCACUCACCGCUACCUGGUGGAGGCCGCCCUUCUUCCCGAGUCAAUGAUCCUUCACUUCCAAGAUAUUUCCUCAAUCCAUGCUGUGGUUCUCAAGGACGCUGCCGAAACAUACUCGUACGAGGGAUUGCCACCAUCCCGCUGGUGGGUGGACCUGGACGAAGAACUGGACCACUACAUCGUUUACGGGAAAAAUCUGAGGAAGAGCUUGAAGGAGACACGCUUGGCACUGGUCACCUGUCACGUGGAUCGCGCUGACGGUAUCUGCACAGCAUUCGAGUGGGCCGGCGCACAAUGCUACGAUACUUUUACUGCCAUAGACGCCGUGACAGGAGAGCAGUCAGUAUGCAAGCAGCUUGAAGGAUCCAGCGACUGCGAGAAACACUGUGACCUCUUCCGCGCACACAAGGAACGCGAGGUGGACCUUUUCACGUCUACCAAGGUCAAUGACGUCAUCAGCGGGUGGGAAAAACUCAAGGAAAUCGCCUCGUCUAAUGCUGCUAUGGCCUCCAGAUACUACAACCCAAAGAAGCAAUACUAAGCCACCACCACCAAACACGAGGCCAUGGCACAAGCGAGGACACAGCACGGUCAUUACACAACUUCACUCUGCUGUGUCCACCGUCAUUAAAAGUUCAAUAAUAUU